AUGCAGCUGGUCGACCACGAUACAUUCCUCAAACGAUUGACAGCACUUUUUGAGUCAUCGAACGGGCGGGGGUCAAUAUGGCUCACUCAUAAGAGACUAACACAUGACGGCGAGGAUGCGCAGAUGUCCUCUGCCGAUGAUGAAAAUAAAGAAUAUCCAUGUUUAAUUCGUGUGACUGAUGGCAAAGAAGCCAACUUCUCCACCAGAGUUCAACCGGAUGAACUCGAGAAGUUCCACUCCGCGUAUGGUACACUGCUCAAAGCGUCGAUGACCACGCUCCGAAAGCGCGACAAGAAACGCGAGAAGCAGAGAGCCGAGGAGAGCGCUCGCCGCAAACGUCGGCUGGCCGAGGAGAUUGUCAUAGAGGGUGCCAAACGAGGGAAUGGGCGGCGGAAGCGGCAGAGGAAGCUCAAGGCGACUUUGAAGCUGGAAGAGGCGCGGAAGAGAGCUCACGAUAGGGAAGAAGGCAAGACCAGGGUAAAAGGCACAUAG